AUGGUCGACUCAGAAAAAGGCGAGAUAACCGAACCCGCGCCCACACCUCCCGCGGCGCCAGCAGGCUUCAACCCAGCCGACUUCCCCGAUGGCGGCUUCGAGGCCUGGCUCGUCGUGUUCGGCGGCUUCCUCGCGCUGUUCUGCUCCUUCGGGCUGGUGAACUGCAUCGGCGUCUUCCAGCAGUACUACGUCGAGGGCCCGUUGUCUAAUUACUCCGAGUCGGAAAUCAGCUGGAUUCCUUCUCUUCAUGUUUUCGUCGUGACGGGUUCAAAUGCUAUCAUGGGCCGUCUGUUCGACAGCUACGGACCCCGCUGGAUCCUCAUCAUCGGCACUAUCGUCUACUCGUUCGGGCUCAUGGUGACCUCGCUGUCCACGCAAUACUACCAAUUCAUUCUUUCCCAGGGCAUCGUCCUCGCCCUCGGCGCGGCCGCCGUCUUCAACUGCGCGACGAACUCGGUCAUCACCUGGUUCUUCAAGAAGCGCGCAACGGCGCUCGGCAUCAUGGUCUCGGGUUCUUCGCUCGGCGGUGUGGUCUUGCCUAUCAUGAUGGAUCGGCUGAUCCCGCAGAUCGGAUUCCCUUGGACUGUGCGCACUAUCGGAUUCAUGUUCUUGUUCCUCUGCGGCAUCAGUAGUCUUACCAUCAAGUCGAGGCUCCCACCACGCCCCAAGCCGUUGCGAGUCUCGGAUUACCUGUCGCCUUUCAAGGAGCUCAAGUUCACGAUUGUCGUUAUAGCCUCGUUCUUCCUAUUCUGGGGUCUCUUCCUCCCAUUUACCUACCUCAUCCUACAAGCCCAGGAUGCGGGUGUCGAUCCUAAGCUCGUGCCGUACAUUCUACCUAUCCUGAAUGCGCUCAGUAUCCCCGGUCGUAUCUUACCAGGUUUCUUCGGUGAUCGCUUGGGACGCUACAACACCAUGAUCUUCAUCUCCGCCCUAUCCGGCAUCAUCACCCUGGCCCUGUGGAUUCCGGGCAGCAGUUCCACCGCAGCAGUCCUCGUGUACGGCGGCAUCUUCGGUUUCUCUUCGGGCGGUAUCAUCUCACUGCUCCCCGCGUGUAUGGCGCAGAUCAGCGACAUCAGGGAGAUCGGAACGCGCAAUGGCGUGAACCUCUUCUUCGCCGCUGUCGGUGCACUGACGGGUUCUCCCAUCGGUGGUGCCAUUAGUGGCGGGAAACACUACCUCGGACUCCAGAUUUUCACGGGUAUCACGAUGCUUGCUGGGUCGGUACUGUACGUUGUUGCUCGGACGGUGCUGGUCGGGCCGAAGCCUGCCAGAGUCUGA